GGGACCGCGACCGCCGGGGAUGGGCGUGAGGCCGGCCGGGGCCUGGGGCCGGCCACUCCCGGAGGGAGAAGUUCUCGUGUCCGGGGAGUCGCCGUGUGCGGAAAUGGAUGAAAACAGGCUGCUGGAUCCAGGGUUGAAGGUUCACAAAGACCUCUGGGAUUAUACUCUGAAGAACCAGCAGAUGGAAUGCCUUAGUGACUGAAGAAAAUGGGUGCUAAUGCAUCUAACUAUCCUCAUUCAUGUUCCCCAAGGGUAGGGGGAAACUCACAGGCCCAACAGACUUUUAUAGGGACAUCAUCUUACUCUCAGCAAGGCUACGGUUGUGAAUCAAAAUUGUAUAGCCUUGACCAUGGCCAUGAGAAACCACAAGACAAAAAAAAGAGAACCUCUGGCCUUGCCACCCUCAAAAAGAAGUUUAUUAAGCGUCGAAAAUCUAAUAGGUCUGCUGAUCAUGCCAAGCAGAUGCGAGAACUCCUCUCUGGGUGGGACGUUAGAGAUGUCAAUGCAUUAGUGGAAGAGUAUGAGGGAACUUCAGCCUUAAAGGAGCUUUCUCUACAAGCCAGUUUGGCUAGACCAGAAGCCCGGACGUUGCAAAAAGAUAUGGCUGAUCUUUAUGAGUAUAAGUAUUGUACUGAUGUAGACUUAAUUUUUCAAGAAACUUGUUUUCCUGUUCAUCGUGCCAUUUUGGCUGCAAGAUGUCCAUUUUUUAAAACCCUGCUUUCUUCCUCACCCGAGUAUGGAGCAGAGAUAAUAAUGGACAUCAAUACAGCCGGUAUUGAUAUGCCCAUGUUUUCUGCUUUGUUACACUAUCUUUAUACAGGAGAAUUUGGUAUGGAGGACUCAAGAUUUCAAAAUGUCGAUAUCCUUGUUCAGCUUAGUGAAGAAUUUGGAACACCAAAUUCCCUUGAUGUAGAUAUGCGUGGACUCUUUGAUUACAUGUGUUAUUAUGAUGUCGUCCUUAGUUUUUCUUCAGAUUCUGAACUGGUUGAUGCUUUUGGUGGAAAUCAGAACUGUUUAGAUGAAGAGCUCAAAGCCCACAAGGCUAUUAUUUCUGCACGGUCUCCAUUUUUCCGAAAUUUAUUACAGAGGAGGAUACGGACUGGUGAAGAAAUCACAGACCGAACUUUGAGGACUCCUACAAGGAUUAUUUUAGAUGAAUCCAUUAUACCAAAAAAAUAUGCAAAAGUGAUAUUACACUGUAUGUAUACCGAUGUGGUGGACCUCUCUGUUUUGCACUGUAGCCCUUCUGUGGGGAGUCUCAGUGAAGUUCAGGCUCUUGUCGCAGGGAAGCCAAACAUGACCAGGGCAGAAGAAGCCAUGGAACUUUACCACAUAGCACUGUUCUUGGAAUUUAACAUGCUUGCACAAGGGUGUGAGGAUAUCAUUGCUGAGAGCAUCUCGUUAGAUACCUUAAUUGCCAUCCUCAAGUGGAGCUCACAUCCGUAUGGCUCCAAGUGGGUGCACCGACAAGCUUUGCAUUUCCUCUGUGAGGAAUUAUCCCAGGUCAUGACUUCGGAUGUCUUUUAUGAACUCAGCAAAGACCAUCUGCUUACUGCUAUCCAGUCUGACUACUUACAGGCAAGUGAACAAGAUAUUCUUAAAUAUCUAAUUAAGUGGGGAGAACAUCAGUUGAUGAAAAGAAUAGCAGACAGAGAACCAAACUUACUGAGUGGCACCGCACAUAGUGUGAACAAAAGAGGUGUGAAAAGACGAGACCUGGACAUUGAAGAACUUAGAGAGAUUCUUUCUUCCCUGUUACCUUUUGUACGAAUUGAACACAUCUUACCUAUAAACAGUGAAGUCUUAAGUGACGCCAUGAAAAGAGGCUUAAUCAGUACUCCUCCAUCAGAUAUGCUUCCUACAACAGAAGGUGGAAAGUCAAAUGCCUGGUUACGGCAAAAAAAUGCUGGCAUAUAUGUCCGUCCUCGCCUGUUUGCUCCCUAUGUGGAAGAAGCAAAGUCAGUGCUAGACGAGAUGAUGGUGGAACAAACAGACCUGGUGCGAUUGAGAAUGGUUAGAAUGUCCAACGUGCCAGACACACUUUACAUGGUCAGCAAUGCUGUGCCACAGUGCUGCCACAUGAUCAACCACCAGCAGAUCAGCAGUAACCAGUCAAGUCCUCCUUCCGUUGUAGCCAAUGAAAUUCCAGUUCCUCGUCUCCUCAUCAUGAAAGACAUGGUCAGGCGCCUGCAGGAACUUCGGCACACGGAGCAGGUGCAAAGAGCCUACGCACUGAACUGUGGGGAGGGCGCCACUGUCAGCUACGAGAUCCAGAUCCGAGUGCUGAGAGAGUUCGGUCUUGCGGAUGCUGCUGCAGAGCUCUUGCAGAAUCCUCACAAGUUCUUUCCAGAUGAACGUUUUGGGGAUGAAAGUCCACUCUUGACCAUGAGACCACCUGGAAGAUGUCGUGUUAACAGUACCCCUGCUGCAGAAACCAUGUUUACAGACCUGGACUCUUUCGUGGCCUUCCAUCCACCUUUGCCCCCUCCUCCCCCUCCUUACCACCCUCCAGCUACACCAGUCCACAACCAGCUCAAAGCCGGCUGGAAACAAAGGCCUCCCAGUCAGCACCCCUCCCGUUCAUUUUCUUACCCCUGCAACCAUUCGCUGUUCCACUCCAGAACUGCUCCUAAACCUGGCCCUCCCCCAGUCUAUUUGCCAGGUGUAAAAGCAGCACCUCCCGAUUGUACCAACACCACAGGACUGGGGAGACAGACAGUUGCUGCUGCCACUGCAGCUGCUGCCGCCUCAGCAGCAAUAGCCUCUGAAAAGCAAGUGUGUACACAGCCUGUGCUCAACGAUCUGAUGCCCGAUAUUGCCAUGGGGGUGUCCACCCUGUCACUCAAGGACAGGAGGCUCCCAGAACUUGCUGCAGACACAGAAUUAAGUCCACCAGUCUCCGGAGCAGGACCGGGGGCUCCCCCUCGUCUCUCGUGUACUCCACAGCGACACACGCAUGCCUCUAGAAACAAACUCACACUAGAGCAAAAGACAGAUGCUAGAGAAAAGCAUCAGGAAUACCCUGAUUUCUAUGACUUCUCACAUGCUGCUUGCAGACCCUCCACUCCUGCUCCUGGCAGACGUACUCCUUCCCCUUCUCAAGGUAGGUAUUUGGGCCCUGACUUGUACAGCCACAGUAAGGCAUCUUCAAAUGGCUUAAAGUCAGUCUACAUACCUGGUCAAACCUCUCCUAAAAAACAGGAAGAUGCUAGGAGAGAAUAUCCACUUCCCCCCGACGGGCAGCCACACAGACAGAAGAGUGAGCCAAUACGCCUGGAUGUUGUUGAGCAGCCUCCCCAGAGGUCAGACUUCUCUUCAGCAGCCCCAGAAAAUGUUGGCAAUGGUCCAGCCCAUAUCAGGGUCCGAACUGCUGUAGAAACUGACUUGACUUUUGGGCUGACUCCUAACAGACCUUCACAUCCUGCUUGUAGUUCUGAAGCUCCAGAAGAGCACUCCACCGGAAGACCCACAGAUGGUGAGUCUCUGGGCCACACAGCCCAGAGAAACCCAGACCUGGAAAGGGAAGAUUCCAUAAGCAGAGGAAGGAGGUCACCAAGCAAGCCAGACUUCCUCUACAAAAAGUCUGCCCUCUGAGAGCAACUUCCGAGUUGUCUGUGCCUGAGAUGUGAAGCACCCCAUUGAUGAUGUAACCCAACAACUUACCGGUCCUCAGUGCCAGCUCAGUUCCACAUUGUUUUAUUCUAGUGUGUGUGUGUGUGUUUAUUACACAUGGCAUGCUAAGAGGGUUGUUUUGAAUGCUGCAUCUGUUUGUUUUUUUGUUGGAGCAGUUAUGUGGGGAAGCAUUUUAAAGAGUAAGCAAGCUGGCACUUUUUUCUUCUCUUUACAAAUGAUGGGAUUUUUUUGCACUUGUAUAUUUAUUUUAUUUGUAUUGAUUUUAUAUCAGUAUGUUAAACAUUAUUGCCACAUUUAAAAGACUGUAUUUUCAUACUUUUUUGCAUUUUAUCUUUCAUCUACCAAUUUCCAUGUGCAUUGGAUUGCACACUAAGAUGUAUUUUCUUACAAAAUAGUUCUGUUUAUUUUUAAUUAUAGAAAUUCCAAAGAACAGCACAUCAAAAUGCUCCUCUCUGUUCAGUGAUUAUUUCUGUUCAAACAUCUUGCUCAGUCUCCACAAAUCUGAUGUCAUUCUUUUAUAGUAGGUCUUAGAAGCUAGUCCCCCAAACCCCCAAGCAGGAGUCCAGUCAGGGUCUUGAACUUUCUUGAUUCAUAGAGAACUGGGAAGAGAAGAGCCUCGGUACCCAGCCUUAAACUGCUGUUGGAUUCAACGCAUGGAUGCUGUCAGAACCCUUGCAGGUUCUGGAGGUGUGGGUUAGAGCUAUUCCCUCUCUGCCACGAGGUUCGAAGGAGAUUUCUGGCUACUAUGGAAUUAGAAAACAGUGGAACUGGGCAUGGUGGCACAUGCCUGUACACCCAGCCCAUGGGAGGUAUAGGCAAGAGGAUCAGGAGUUCAAAGUCAUCUUUGUUAACAUAGCAAGUUCAAGGCCAGCCUAAGCUACAUGAGACACUAUCAAAACAAAACAAAUUUGGUGGGGGAGAGUGGAAAUAAAUGAAGUUAUGAACAGGGUACACUGAUGGAGUAUUCCAGCUCUGUGGGACUGGCUGAGCUGGGGGAAAUGACUGCAUACUGCCUUCAGUUGUCUUGCUUUGUAUGGGGGAAAACACAAAGGGCUUCGAGUCUUAUGGGUGUUCUUUGGCAUUUGUAAGCAUAUGUUUUCUUUUAAGUGUUCUGAGUGUGUCUGGAUUUUGGUGUCCUAUACAAAGUUGUAUAAUGCUGUAUCACCAAAAAAAAAAAAAAUUGUUUUCAGUAAAACACUACACAUGUCGUACUUGAACUCCCCUGGAGACACUAGUUUGGCAUUUACUGAACCACUGAGCACAUGGGGUCUUUGAUGAUCCUUUCCCUUGGAAGGGCAAUGUGUGAGCUAAGGACUGUUUAUUUCUUACUCUCCAAUGUAAAUAUAAUAGUAUUUGAGUUUUUAAAUCAUUUCAGCAUUAUUUGAACAUUUACUUUGUAUUUUUAUAAACACGUACACACAGCCGUAGCACUUAGAAGAAAAGAGACUUCCUUAACAUUUCCUCAUGGGAGGAUAUUUGGGAACCUCUUUUCUAUGUAUGUAUAUACAUAUGAAAAAACUGAAUUACUCACACUCACUCUAAAACUAUGCAGGGCUAGGGAGUCUUUACAAGCUACCAUAUAAAUGAAUCUCAUGCACUUUGAAGUAAAUAGAUUUCUAUUGGGUGUUAGCAACUCUGAUUUCUCCUGAAACUAUAGUUUCUCUCAUGAUCUUUUCCUACUUACCCUGUGGAUAUACACUCAGGAAUAAUCUGACAUUUAAACAGUCCAACAGUAGAUAAUGUCAAAGAUAGGAAAUGUCUGUCUCCAUCUCCACCAGCCAGCCGCUGCCACUCAUUCUGCUGCCUGCCCGACUGCUGCUCAUGUGUUCACCGACUCUGGCUGACUGUGAUGUUGCAUACCACGCUGGGGCCUGCCAGGGGUCAGGUGCAUCUGCUGUAAGGUCUGUUCACCUCGCCUUGAAGGCUCCUUUUUUAAAGAUAGAAAACUCAUAGGACUCUGUCCUCAGUUUUAAGAGUUUUCACUCUUCUAAUAGAUGAUGGUGUCUUUCAAAACCCAACCUCAGUCUGCAGAAACAAGACAAUCCAUCCUACUCUUCAAUGUGUGUCUAUAUGUGUGUUGACACAAACGGUUUGAUGCAGGUGUAGCUCUCUUCUGAAUCAGACUAGUGUGCAGGUAGUACAGGUAAAAAUUAGUAGACCCAAUUUGGGUGGGGAAUAAAGCUUCCUCAUCUCUGAAAAACUUUAUUGUGUUUUCCACAUAUUCAACUAGGGCUAUUGACCUCACACAUUCAUUUUUCAAAAAUUCAUUAUUUUUUUCAUAUUUCCAUAAUACAGUUACAAAAAAGUGGCCACUGUUCCUAGUAUUAUUUAUGAGAUAUAUUUAGUAGGUGACCUGGCCAAACUAUGUGUAUAGAGAGAACUCUUGCUUUAAUCUUUGGGAUCGUGGACUGAUGUGACUUGCAGAAGACAAACUGAAGUGGGUUUUGUGUGUGAUAGCAUAGGUGUUAGUGGACUAAUGUGUUUUGUGAAGUGUGGUUAAUAGGGAAGUUAAGACUAUGUGCCUCUGGCUUUUGAACCAUUGUUAAGUUGUUUUAAUGCUGUACCAAGAUAAAUGUGAAGUCUGAGUAGGGUUUCCCUCAGAAAAAAAAAAAAAAAAGUAUUUCUGUAUAAUAUAAAACUUAGGCUGUAGAAACUGGCAUUUCACUUGCUAUAGAAAUUUAAUAAGAACCAAAUCACAAAAAUAUCAGAUCUCCUUUGAGGCCGUGGACAAUCAGGCUGUUUGGACAAUCACCACUCCAGUGCCCAUUGCGUACUGAAGCGGAACCACCAGUUCUUAAAGACACUGUUGGUCCUUUGCAUAUAUAUAUAUAUAGUGAUUUCUGUUUUCGAAAAAUAAGUUCAAAAUCACCUUUGGCUCCUAAGGGGAAAAAAUGAUAGCAUGAAAGGCAAAAGUCAUUCAAAACCAGAAUGCUUAAGUUUCCGUGUGCUGCCCCUCUCCUCACAUUCCCCUUUGGCCUUACUUUUAUGCCCGGGUGCCUUGACCUGGGCUAGGCUGACAUUUCAGUCACCCGUUAGGCUUUUAGGAUUUUUAGUAAGUUGAUCAUACUUGUUUUUUUGUAAAACUGUUCUGUUUUGCGCUUUUCAUGCUUCCUUGAGUUUGCAUUCGUCAUCUGAGUUUGCUAUGGGCAGCUCUUGUGCAUGUGAACGAAGCUAAUGCUGCGGAAUGUGACGGGAAACAGUGGCAACACCACGCAGCUGCGGCCUGGCCCGAAGCCUGCCUCACACCCUGUCUCUAGAGUGAAGGGUCAGCACCCCAGCAGCCAAUCCCAGGAUGUAUGUCUUCAUAAUACCGGGUUUUCUGUUUAGGGAAAAUGGGUUUCAUGAAAUACUUGUAAAACAGUUGUUUUGCAAUUCUAAGGCAUUUGUGUGUCCAUCUUGGGACUGAGUUCAGAGGGGAAUGCUGCUUUCACUUUCAGUCCCUGGAGUCGCUGUGGCUGCAGGAAUGGGUGCUACUCCCUGAUCCGCAGUGGCUCACUGUGUCUACUCUGUGGUUUACCUUCAAACCUCAUACAGAUCAUCUUGCUAAGCGCUACCCUGCACACCGCUAGAAGGUAUUUUACUGUUUUCAUUAAUAUGGUUGUAUGAACAUUUUAAAUAAUGCUAAGUGAUUUUGUCCUGUCAAUUACAGUAGCUGUUGUGGUUAUUGUCUGAGCAAGUCUUUUGCUUUUUUUUUUUCCUUUAGAAAACCUUAUGACUUAUGUCAAUCUUCCAUAUUCUGAAUAUAAUAAUGCUGUGGCCAUUUGUGUAGAAAGACUAUUUGCAAGUGUGUGUCUUGGAAAUACCUUCUUGUAUUUAUGUGGGUUCUGAGGUUAGAUAAGCUCUGGAACUUCCUCAGGCACACCUGCAUGUGACCAUGUUCCUAGGUUACCUGGGCAGGCUAUAGGGAAUCCUGCUUUUAGGUGAGGUGGCUGAAAGCUAGUGAUUCCCAGCCUCCACUUGCUGUGUCUGUACCACAUCUGUACUUAAAAGAGGGGGACCUACACCACUGCAUUUCUUGUGGUUGUGCUGUUACUGGUAUAAAGUCAAGUGCCUUCAAUGCUAAAGGCUCAGAAACUUUUCUUAAACUGAUUUCAUGUCCUAUGCAAGUGUUUUCUACAACCUGCAUAACCAGUACUUUGUAAAACUUGUUUACGCUUCAAUUGUACAUAGUGUUUUUUAAAAGAAAUAUAUAGUAUUUUUAUUUAGGUACCUCCAAACUUGAAUUCGUCUGUGUGAAGCAUUGUAAAACAAUAUAUGUCUCUUUUGAGUACCAUUACAGUUGUACAGAGGUUUUCACUGGUUCUAUUUUUCUACCGUUACUGAUGAGCAUGUAACACUGACUUUAUCCUACAUAUAGUUGGCAUUUCAAUAAAUGGCUUGUAUAGAA